AUGGCCAAAUUCGAGGAUUUCUUCACACCUGUCUCUGAAUUGGCUGAAAAGGAGCCACAAACUGGAAAAUCUAAUAUUGGCAAAUAUGAGGAAGACGUGAAACCGAGGAAUAGCAUCGAGACCUUCUUGACCAAAACGCCAAUGUCGGUGAUGGAAGAGGGCUCGAAAGCGUCAUAUCAGCAAUCAAUACAAUGGCAAACCAGGGAGCUUCCAUUAUCGAAUAAUGCCAUCGAAUUCGAGAUGAUUUGCACACUCGCUGAAAUUAAAGCAUCAGGAAGGGGCAAUAGCAAAAAGAUAGCGAAACACAGAGCAGCAAUCAAGUAUUUGCACGAAGCAAUCGAUAGGGGACGUAAAGAUGAAUUUUUUAUUCCCGGCGAGACUGUGGCAGACGCUCACAAGAAUGUGGAUCAACUCGCCGAGCUUCACGAUGACAAACGGUCUAUUGUGGCGGCGUCGCAAGAAUUUUCGGUGAAUUUGAACGACGAAAUUCCGACGGCCGACAAAAUUCCCGUUGAAGGGAAAGCCAAUGAAAAUUGGGUUGGAAAAUUGCAAGAAUUUCUGGCCAAGAACAAACUGCAAGCGGCAGAGUAUCUAACGACCGAAGAAGGCACUCCAAAUGACAGAAGGCACAUUGUGACAUGCAUCGUUGGAAAGCAAAAAACCCGUGGAAGAACUGGAAAAAAGAUGGCGGCGAAGGCGAUUUCCUCGUACUUGAUGCUGGAAAUCUUGAAGAAGAAUGUUGAAGAUAUGGAUAAGGAGAUGUGCCUAGAGGGAGAAGUUGAAGAAGAAUUCGUUGACCUCGAUGAGAAGCGACGAAGCGAGUUGGCGGAGCUUGAAAUACAAGAGAAGGAUGCGCAGGCCGCGUUGGUGAAGCUGCUAUCGGAUAGCAAACGAUUCUCAUCGUUUAAUUAUCAAUACCUAUUGCCAUCGGUCAAUGAUAUCGGAGUUCAUCAAGUUCUUCUUGAAAUCAAGGUUGGAAUUGUUUCACAGGAUGAAGCUGAGGAGCUUGAAGUUGGAGCAGAACACACGCAAACUGAGAAGAUCGCCAGAAAAGACCGAAGACGAGACCUUGACAGUAGCCCGUUUGUAUUUUGCGGUGCGGGACCCACCGAAGAGGACGCGAAGAAUUCGGCGUGUCAAUCGGCUCUUAUUCACUUCAACACGUAUUCAUUUUAA